GCAGUGUGGAAAGAUCGUUUUCAACCAUGAAGAGAGUGAAAAGUGUAUCUAGAAGUUUAAUGACAGACCAGAGACUUAAUGGAUUAGCAAUGAUUUCCAUCCAUCAGGACAUCACUAUCAAACCAGAAAAAGUGAUUGACAAAAUGGCCGGGGAGAAGAAAAGAAGACUAUUGCUGUAAAGUAAAAAAAUAAGUCAAAAAGUAUUCUAAACAUUUUGUUAAUGAAAGUAAAUAAAUAGCAUUUAUUAUUUAAACUGUUAUGUUUAUUCAAAUCAUGAUCUGAUCACCAUGCUCAAUAUAUCCCAUAUGCAAGGGGGUAUUGGGAUAACAAUACAAAAGGUUUGCUAGGGUAGAUCCUCUCUCAUUCAGACUCAGCCCCCCCCCCCCCCGAAUCAAAAUCCUGGCUACGUGCCUGACUCAUGCAGUUGUGGGGCUGGCUUUAUAACUUUAACUGGACAUUUUAACCAGCAGACAAUGAGUAUAGAGUUACAACAGGGAAGUGAGUACCUUGUGGUUUGGUGGUUCUCGCAAUGUUUCAGGAACAGCAGCACUUCUUCACAGUUCUUGAGCUUUCAGUUGCUCAAUUUAUUUUUUCUCUCUUCCUUGAUGCACCUUAUCUUUACAGACUUAUGAAAACAAGGUGAAACUUCUAAACAGGAGGAAACUGUAUUUUCCAUCACUCAGUAUUGAAAAAAGCCAAGCUAGACCCAAAAGAACAAAGCUUCAUGGAAACUGAGGAAUGCUCAGAGUGAAAAAAAAUUACAUACUGUGAUUACUCACCAUAAGAGAUGUACAGACCAUGACAAAAGGGAAUUCUGGAACCAUGGCUGAAGAGAAAGGAAUGCUGCUCAAUAUAAACUCAACCCAGUCUCCAAUAACAACAACUUAUGAUCAUAUUUUGAAUCCUGUCUUGAUCACUAUCUACACAGUAGUGUUUAUUGGAGGUGUGUGUGGAGUCAUCAGGAUGUCCUCUUUGCUGGUGAAAAUGAAUGCAUUAUCAGUGACCACAACAGCAAUCAUAAACCUGGUGGUGAUCCACAGUCUCUUCCUUGUGACUGUACCAUUUCGACUCUAUUACUACAUCACAGACAACUGGAUCUUUCUAACAUUCUUUUGUAAACUUGUGAGCAUAAUGGCACACUUGCACAUGUACCUCACCUUUCUAUUCUAUGUGAUUAUCCUAUUAAUCAGGUGUCUUAUUUUCUUUAAGAAGAAGGAUAAGGUGGAAUUCUACAGGAAUUUGCAUGCAGUUGCUAUGAGCACAGCUGUGUGGUUUCUGACUCUUGUUGCUGUGGUGCCUGUAAUGUAUUUUUGGUAUGGGAAAAAGGGGGAAUAUAGCAACAGCAAAUGUUUUAACUUUCACCAGGAAUUAGAGGUCAGCAGAGUGAAAGUAGUGAACUAUAUUUUAAUUGGCAUCAUGAUUAUGAUAACGUGUGCCCUUUCGGGUUUACAAGUUUUCAUGCUUCUGAAGGUGGUGAAGAUGAUAUCAGGGUCUAUUUUCCUACAUCAAGAGUUUCGAGCCCAGCUGAAAAGCCUUGUUUUUGUUUUAGUCUCCAUUUUUUGCUUCCUUCCUCAUCACUUAUUUCGGAUUUAUUAUAUUCAGCACGUAAACAAGAAUCCGUAUUUGACUAAAUACAAUGAGGUCUUAUUGAGUAUAACUGCACUUAGCUGCCUUGAUUUGUUUUCAUUUGUGAUUGGUGAAAUGAAACUCUUGAGGCCAAAAAUCUGUUGUUAAUGUGGUACGUAUUUCAGUGGUUCUCAACCUGUGGGUCAUGACCCCUUUAGGGGUCGAAUGACCCUUUCAGAGGGGUUGCCUAAUGUAUUUGCAUUAAGAAAACUGCCCAUAGACCAAUAAGGUCAGCUUGUCAGAGAAAGGUGUAUAACUUUGUUUCUCAAAAAAAAUUCUAGUCAAUAUAAAUAUUAAGUUGUGUGUGUUUAUGUAUAUGCACCUGUGUGGAUAUACACAUACCCCGUUUCCCCAAAAAUAAGACAGUGUCUUAUAUUAAUUUUUGCUCCCAAAGACAUGCUAGAUCUCAUUUUCAGGGGAUGACUUAUUUUUCCAUGAAGAAGAAUUCACAUUUAUUGUUGAACAAAAAAAGAACAUUUAUUAAAUACUGUACAGUAGUUGUCAUCACAAACCAGCAUAACCAGACAAACUGAAAUCCUAUCAAGAAUUUCUUGUGACUACCAUUAUUUCCAUGUACAAUAAUAGUACAAUGGUACAUACAUUUACCGAUCCUGCAUGUUCUGGUGUUCUGUUCAGCAGGCAUGCUUCCAGACAAAAACUUUGCUAGGUCUUACUUUCGGGGGAGGCCUUAUAUUUAGUAAUCCAGCAAAACCUCUACUAGGUCUUAUUUUCCAGGGAUGUCUUAUUUUUGGGGAAACAGGGUAUAUAUGUACACCCUGAAAGAAAUUGUAGAGAAUUUCAACAGUGUGUCUAACUUCAUCCUUGGAGCUUGGGUGAGUCUUUCCAGGUGUUGGACUGCAAGCAACAUCAUCCCUCACAAGAAGUUCUAGGGAUACUUGGAGUUGCUCUCCAGUAACUCGCUUGAUUCAUGCCAAUUUUAUCCGCUGUUUCAUAUUUACAUACUAUUGCUACCUUAAGAAAAAAAAGUCUGUCUAUAAUGAAAGGUUGGCAAAAGAAAAAAAGGAAUAACAGUGACACAAAAUCAUUAAAAGUCUUUGUCAUGUG